CCACUAAGUGAGUUUUCGAUGCAACCCUAUUUUAAUCCGAAUGAUUCGAUGAUGGCGGGAGCACGUCGCUUAUUCCAAAUUCCCUCCUUGGAGGAAAUGGAGACACACAAGGAGAAGCCUUUGCCAGUUUCAUCUGGAUUUCACAAGACAGCAACCUCCAUUUCAUCAUUCAAAGCUACUACAAACAGUUCACCUGCAAAAGUGACCUUUCUUCCUCCUAAAUCUUCUACACCUGAGAAGACAGACGUAUCAACUAAUAAGGAACACAUUCCCCCAGAAUUCCACCAAGCUUCUACUUCAAAUGACCAAACCAACACCUCAUCAAAACCAAACUGUGAUGAUUCCUCAAGUAAAUCAACAUCAGAAAUUUCCUCUGGUAUAUCCGAAAAUAAGAAAACUGAUGAUCCUUUGAUUAAGAAAACAAGUGAUCCUUUGAAAAGUGCCAACUCUGCUCAACCCACCGUGACCAGUAAAGCUUACAGUAAUUCCAUUAUAGUUAACUCGAGACAGAGAGGUAAUCCAAUUUUAAAAGGUAUCCGGAAUGUACCAUGGGAAUUUGGCAACAUUGUACCUGAUUAUGAAAUGGGGAAAGCUUGUUGUGCCCUUUUUCUGAGUUUGCGGUAUCACCAGUUGCACCCAGAAUAUAUACACAAACGACUCGAGUCUCUUGGUAAAAGCUAUGACUUAAGAAUAAUGCUUGUUCAAGUUGAUGUGAAAGACUGUUCCUAUCUUUUGAAAGACUUGGGGAAAAUGUGCAUCCUUGCCAACUGUACAUUAAUUCUUGCAUUUUCAGCUGAAGAAGCUGGUCGUUAUCUUGAAACAUAUAAAGUCUAUGAGAAUAAACCACCUGAUGCCAUCAUGGAAAAGUCUGAUAAAGAUUACAUGUCAAUGCUGACAGAAUGUUUAACUUCUGUGAAGCAAAUCAACAAGACUGACUGUGCCAAUAUCAUCUCCAAAUUUAUGUCGUUAGAGGCCGUCAUUCAGAGUAAUGAAAAAGAUUUUACCUUUUGCCCUGGUUUGGGACCACGGAAGGCUGAGCAACUGUACAAUGUUUUCCAUGAGCCAUUUUUGAAAAGAAGAAAACUACCGUCAAACAAUGAAGAAGUUGUUGAAACUAGCCCAAAGAAAUAACCAUUGCUGGUCAGCCUAAUUUUUCUGAUCACGGAAAGAACACAGCAACUACGAUGGGGACAAAACAGAAAAGCUGUUCAGUUUCUCAUCAGCAACAAAUGUGAUGUAUAUUGUAACAAAUGUAUUGGAUUAACUUGACAAUACUAUUGUUUUAUAUUUGUUUUAAGAAGCGGUAUAUGAAAUGAUGUAGCCUUUAUUGAGAUUUUUUGUCUGUCAACAAAUCUCUAAAGCUUCUUGUAAUUAUGUCCAUGUACACCUAUAAAUGCCAUUUACCUGUAUGCAACUGUACAUACAUACAUACACACAUACAUACAUACAUACAUACGUACGUACGUACGUACGUACAUACAUACAUACAUACAUGCAUGCAUACAUACAUACAUACAUACAUUUUUUUUUUAUCUGAAUAACCAUUUGAUGGUUGGAUUCUCAUUUUCAACUUUAAUUGGGCUUCAUUACUAAUGACGUAACUUCUAACCCUGUUAUCAAGUCACUAAUGAAGCAUAAUUGAGUUAACAAAAAAA